AUGGCAAAUAAUAAUAGAGGUCGUCGUUUGGUUGAAUUGUCACUUAAUACUGCUGAAGGUACUAAUUUACAAGCUAGAAAAGAAAGUUAUUCACAAGAUAGAGAUAAAAGUAGCACAUCAGGUUUAAAGCGGAAAAGGGCGAGCUCUUUAUAUACGGCUGUAGAAAUGGAACCUAAGAAUAUUCGGCGAAAUUCUAUUGAAACACGAUGCCCAAUAUUGCCAUUCCCACAUUCUGUUCAAAGUAAACAACAACUAUUCAAGCAGUCUCCAGUACUUUGCACAUCUUCUAGUGGUGUAGUUAAAACUUGGUCUGUCGAAAAUGUGUCAGAAUUACAUUCAACUUCGAAGGCCAUUGUAAUCGAUAUGGUUGCCCAAGCAGACUGUGAUGACAAGACUUCACCAACUGAAAUAAAUUAUUCAAAUUCGUGUAAUGAACAUUCGACCUUACGUAAUGAACCUUCGACUUCGUGUAAUGAACCUUCGACGUCAUAUAUUGAACCUUCGACCUCAUAUAAUGAACCUUCCACCGCAUAUAAUGAACCCACGACAUCGUUCAAAAAUAUUGAGAUUUCAUUGCCUAUCGGAGAAAGCAAUAAACGAUGUGCGCAAGAACUUUCAGAUAAACAACUUCUGGACAUACUUGAAGCUUCUGAUGACAAUUUCGAUGAUGAGGUUCUAGAUGAAAAUUUUCUUAACAAUUUUGAUGAUUCUGAUUCAGAUGAUGAUAAUAUGAUACCAACUGAAACCUUCGCACCUCCAACUAGUGAUGAAAAAUUAUUAUCUGAAAAUACUUACUGCACCGGAACUUUACGAUUAAAUCGAAAAAAUAACCCAAAGUACAUUACUACUAAAAAGUUAAAGAAAGGCGAAUGUGUCUCGCAGUUCAACCAAAAUGGCGUUUGUGUCAUGAAAUGGCGGGAUAACAGAGACGUCACUAUGAUAUCAUCACAAUUUAAUUCGCAAAUGAUUACUACCACUACAAGAAGAAAUACAGAGGUCUCAAAGCCUAAAAUGGUUGUAGAAUAUAAUCGUAACAUGGGUGGUAUUGAUCACCAAGAUCAAAUGAUAGCGUACUAUUGCUGCGAACAUAAGUCUAUCAGGUGGUACAUAAAAUUGGGAAUCCACCUGUUGCAACAAAUGAUGUACAAUUCAUUUACUUUAUCUAAUUUGUUUUCUGGCAAAAAACUAAGUUACUACGAAUUCAGGCAAUCAGUUAUAGAAAAUUUACUUCCCGAGGCUAAGGUCCAAAAAACUGGAGAGGUCUCAGAAGAAGGGGUUAUACUUAAUAUUGUUCAUAUAAUUCAGCCUUGCCCACGGAAAGGAAAAUCAAUGCGCAGAAGAUGCAAAUAUUGCUGGGAAGUCAAUAAAAUACGUAAAGAUACACCAUUCUACUGUCCAAAUUGCCCUCAGCAGCCUGGAUUUUGUAUUGUUGAUUGUUUUAGAUUAUACCACAAAUAUACAUAG